AUGGCUUCAGUAUUUCUGUGUAUCCUGUGGUGUGUGCUGCUGUUGGACAGUCGGCCAGCCUCUGGAGCUCCGGCCACAAGCCAAGUAUUCCUGUCUGACCAGGCAGCAACUGGUGUGCUUCGGAGACACAAACGCUAUAACACCGGGGUGUUUGAAGAGUUUCUGGAGGGUGAUUUGAACAGAGAGUGCAUUGAGGAAAAAUGUGACCUGGAGGAAGCCAGGGAGAUCUUUGAGAAUGAUGAGAGGACAAUGGAGUUCUGGGUGGGAUAUGUAGAUGGUGACCAGUGCAAAUCAGGCCCAUGUCAGAACCAAGGGACAUGUAAAGACCACCUUGGCUCUUACACCUGCUUGUGUCUGCCUGGCUUCACUGGCAGGAACUGUGAGAUUGUAACAGCUAGAAGGUGUGACUUCAACAAUGGAGACUGCAUGCACUUCUGUCAGUCGAUGGGCAACUUUGGAGCAAAAUGCUCCUGUGCGGAUGGAUAUGUGCUGAUGCCUGAUGGGAUGAAUUGCCAGCCAGAAGCUGAAUUCCCCUGUGGAAGAACUGUCCUGACAGUGAUAAGUGCAAUCUCCACCAGGUCUCUAGUCAUAAACGAGACAUCAAGCCUGCAAAACAUCACCUCACUGAAAAACAGCGCUACCACUACUUCCCAUCCCACAACUUCAGCCAGUACCACAGUGCCUGACUCUGCAUUAAACCUGUCUCGAAGCAAGCUGCCCCUGUGGGUGCACAAUGAUGAUCCCAUCCCCACAGAGACAGUCACAGCUCAAGGCAUUGAAACUCUCAAACGCAUUGUUGGUGGCAAAGAGGUAGUUCCAGGAGAGAUACCAUGGCAGGUGGCCUUAAUAGCCCGUCCCAGUGGUCAAUUGUUCUGUGGGGGCUCGAUUCUCAGCGAGCUGUGGGUUAUCACUGCUGCACACUGCCUGGUGGAGGGUCAGGGCUCCUUCUUCAUCAGAGUUGGGGAGCAUAACAUCUAUAACAACGAGGGCAGUGAGCAGGAUUAUGAAGUGUUGGUGGAGCAUGUACACCCCCGCUACGAUGCCAGUGUGAGCAUGUACAACCAUGACGUCGCACUGCUGCGUCUCCAAAGUCCCAUCAAUUUCUCCACCACAGCGCGUCCCAUUUGCUUAGGGCCUAAAGCCUUCACAGAGGCUCUCAUGAAGGAGGCGUCUCCUGCUACUGUCAGCGGCUGGGGCCGAACACGUUUCCUGGGUUCCACAGCAACCGCGCUGCAGAAAGUUGAGGUCCCCUUCACGGAUCGUACAGAGUGCAAGGACAGCAGCAGUGCCCGGAUCACACGCUACAUGUUUUGUGCAGGAUAUUAUGAUGAGGCCAAAGACUCCUGCCAGGGGGACAGCGGAGGCCCUCAUGCCAACCGGUAUCAUGACACCUGGUUCCUGACGGGCAUUGUGAGCUGGGGGGAGGAAUGUGCAAAAGAAGGGAAAUAUGGUGUGUACACUCGGGUGUCUCACUACUACCGCUGGAUACAGCACAUUAUAGGACUGACUGAACACAGACUUGCUGUUGAUGUAGAAGAACCUGACCCUUGA